AUUUCAAUACGGUUAAAGCAAAGUUUGAGUAACCGGCGGGAAAUGCAGAGACUAAUUUUCACCUUCAUUUCCAUGUACACACUCAGCUGGGCACUGCAUUUGGUAUCCCAGAAAGAAGGGUACUUUGGAGAUUCAACAGAAUCUAGUGAGGAUAUCAUAGACUUGAGCGCCUAUGGCACAGACUUGUUUGGCGUGCCGGAUCCGCUAACAGGUGCUAGGGUAGCCAACUUAAGUGUCGACAGCAAUGUUAAUCCCGAGGAACUGGGCAGCUACAUUGAGGGUGAUAUUUUGCUGCCAUUCCCUGACAUUAUUACGUUAAAUGGAUUACCCCAAGUAAGUUAUCGUUGGAAAAAGGGCGUGGUACCCUUUGUUAUCAAGGAUGGUUACAGUAGCAAGGAUUUGUCCACCAUCAAAACUGCCAUGGACGUGUACCACAACCGCACCUGCAUCCGAUUUGUGGAACGUAGGGGCCAGAAGGACUACAUUUCCAUUGAUAAUGGCAACACGGGCUGUUGGUCCUAUGUCGGUCGCAAACGCGGGAAGCAAAUAGUCAAUCUACAGUCACCUGGAUGUGUGGGAUACGCUGGAACAGUGAUGCACGAGUUGAUGCAUGUAAUUGGAUUUCUGCACGAACAAUCCCGCAUGGAGCGUGAUAACUAUGUGACGAUUAUAUAUGAGAAUAUAAUUCCUAAGCACAAGAAGAACUUUAAAAAGGUGGAUCCUACCGAGGGCUUCGGAGUGCCCUACGAUUACGACAGCAUAAUGCACUACUCAGCUACAUCUUUCUCAAAAAAUAAAAAACCAACAAUAGUGACAAAUCGACCGGAGGACAGCUCUCGAAUUGGGCAACGUAAGAAAUUUUCCGAGAAGGACAUAUUGAAAAUUAAUAAGAUGUACAAAUGCAAACAGUCAACAGAUUCUCCUGCUGAUGUUUCACUUUCCACACCUGAGCCAGAAGGCUCAACGGCAACAAUGGACAGCUCUACUCUAACUAUUCAAUCUAGAUAA